UGAGCCACACCUUACAGACACCUGUUUUGCACACGUAUCCCAAACAAACAAGCACAAAAGUUUAGCUGGGGGAAACGAAACCUAAGUGUAGUCAAGCAAUUGUGUCUUAAGUGGUUUGUACAUUGAGUGAAAGGCAGAAGCAUUUUUUCGAAGGACAAGUUAAGUUGUUCAGUGUAUGAGCUGCUUUACAAACUGCUGGAAUCACGAUGAUCAGUCAAGAGUCUACACAAGAACAAGAAGAUGUGGAUUGUGGGGUCUGCACUGAGACAAAAUGCAAAGCUGUCAAGUCCUGUCUGGAGUGUCUGAACUCUUACUGUGAGGAUCACCUUAAAUACCACGAGAAUCUCUUUAAAGACAGGCCACACAGUCUGAUAAAUCCGACUAGACGGCUCCAUGAGAUGAUCUGCCAAAAACAUAGAAGAUAUCUGGAAAUCUACUGUCGCACCGACCAGCAGUGCAUUUGUUAUACGUGUACGAUGGACGAUCAUAAAAAUCAUGAAACUGUAACGGUUGCAGAAGAGAAGAUUGAAAAACAGAGGCAUUUGAGAGAGACACAAUGGAAAUUUCAGCAGAGGAUCCAGAAGAGAGAGAAGGAGCUUCGGGAGGUGAGAGAGGCUGUGCAGUCUCAUCAGAGAUCUGUACAGACGGCAGUAAAGGACAAUGAGAGAAUUUUUAAUGAGCUGAUGACCUCCAUCAAGAAAACCCGCUCUGAAGUGACACGGCUGAUCAGAGAUCAGGAAAAGGCUGCAUUGAGUCAAGCUGAAAGACUUAUGAAGCAACUAGAGGAGGAGAUUUCUGAUCUGAAGGAGAGAAAUGAUCAUCUUGAGCAGCUUUCACAUAAAGACGAUCUCAUUCAGUUCAUGCAGCAAUUCCAGAUUUACUCUGCCGCUCCUGAACCUACAGUUUCACACAACAUUACUCACAGUUCCCUCCUCUCUUUUGAUGAUGUGAAAAAAUCUCUCUCUCAACUGAAAGAAAAAUUAGAGGAUUUCUGCAAAGAGGAGAUAGAAGAGAUAUCUGAUGGAGUUUCAUAUAUCACAAUUGUUCGCCCUAAUAUACCCAGGACCAGGAAGGAGUUCUUACAAUAUUUCAGGCAGUUCACACUGGAUUCAAACACAGCGAAUAAUAGCAUCGGCCUGAUUGAUGGAGACAGAACUGCUACUGACUGCGAUACAACCCAGCAAUAUUCUUAUGAUCCAGAGAGAUUUGAUUACUGUCCUCAGGUGUUGUGUAAAGAGAGUGUGAGUGGACGCUGUUACUGGGAGGUUGAGUGGAGUGGGAGUAAUGGUGUAUAUAUAUCAGUGUCAUAUAAGACCAUCAGCAAGAAAAGUUUUGAAAAUGAGUCUCUAUUUGGGAAUAAUAAUCAGUCCUGGAGUUUGUACUGCUGUUCCUCCAGAAACUUCCCCUCUUCAUCCAGCCAUCAGUUAUCUCUGAUGGAGCCCCCCAGGGCGGGCGAUGCGAGUGGUGGUGUCUAUCCAAACCAAUCUCAGGCUAUAGCCAGAAAAACACAGUGGACAAGGGUCCAGUUUAAUUCAAUGCCCUUAAAAUACUCAGUUGUACACAAUAGUCAAAUAACUGAACUCCCUGUGUCCUCCGGUUGCUCUAGAAUAGGAGUGUUUGUGGAUCACAGUGCAGGAACUCUGUCCUUCUACAGCAUCUCUGACACAAUGACCCUCAUCCACAGAUUUCAAACCACAUUCACUCAACCUCUCUAUCCUGGGUUUACUGUUUUUAAAGGAUCCACAGUGAAAUUGUGUCAUCACACAGAAUAAAUCUUAACGAUAUUUUACAGGUAAUAUUGUUAUAUUCAUAAUUAUAAAAAACUUUAGAAACUAUUUUAUACUUUGUAAAUUAAUAGUGUAAGAUUUAUUGACUAUUUUUAUUAAAUUUUUCCAAAAUUAGAUUUUUGGUAAACAAAUGACUGUAACAAGGAGUGGAUAAAUACAGUUGGUGUGUUUGGAUAUUAUUGUUUAGUGAUAGCUCCAUCAAAGUAGAUAUUCAUUGGGCAUUAAAUUACAGUUUGGGGAAGUGACCUUUACCUUUUGUGAUAUUACUUACAUUACAAGUUGAAGACUUUUUAAGUUGCAUUUAAACUGUGAUCUUUUUUAGUCACACUGUCAAUGUGAAGCUCAUCAGUGACAUCUGAAAUACCUGUCAUUAGUAGUACACUGCAGAUUUAUUGGUGCUUUUCUGUGACCUGGUUUCACCUGAGGGUAAGUAAAUCAUGGGGUAAUUUUCAUUUUCUUGCUGAACCUUUAAGAGCAGAAUUAAAAUCUUGUUU